UAUUAAAGCAGGUUAUAGGUGUGUCCAGACUACAACACCACAACCGAUUGGGAAAGCGCCGGAGAAAGAUCCAAUUCCACACCCUACAGAAACAACGGAGUAGUCAGGAUACACAAAGGCCUCAAUGGUGCAACAAAAGGCGUAAAGACGACGUAAUAAAGUUGCUAAGAACACAGCCCGACAUGGCAACGACAAGCUACCAGAAGAACCAGUCCAUAUUAACCGAUGAAGACGACAUUUCGUCCGCGGCUUCCAUGGGAAAGUGUUGGAGCAAAACCAUGACCGUACCUAACCUCAACGCUCAGGCCAUCACAACGGAAGACAAGUCCUUCGCUGAAACCGUCCGCCUGAUGCUAGAACGCGGAUUCCAGGUACACGUAGAUACCAGAGACGAGAACGGUUCUACAUGCCUACAUCGCGCAGCAGAACUUGGUAGUGUGAACACUGUCGACUUUCUCCUGGGUCUAGGAGCCGACUCGUCUGCGAAAAACGCGAAAGGCUACACCCCUGUGCAUCUAGCCACAGAAAACGGACGCUGUGAUGUCUUACGUUUGCUGUUGAACCGAGGCGCUUCUGUAAACGCACGGACCAAAGAUGGGAGGACGUCGCUUCACCUAGCCGCGGCGUUGGGCCACUGUGGUGCCGCAAAACUCUUGUUAAACUACGGGGCAAACGCGAACGCACAAUCUAAGCUAACAGAAGCGGAUGGCGACUUGUGUCACCGUAGUUAUGCCUCACACAACAAGACACCGUUACACCACGCGGCAGAGAACGGCCAUUGUGACUUUAUCACUUUAUUGCUGAACGCAGGAGCGAACAUAUCGGCUGUAAACUGCGACAACAAGGCGACGGCGCUGCAUUAUGCAGCUAUGAACGGCCACGGCGACGCCGUCAGCGUUCUACUCGACUACGGAGCCGACAUAGAGGCCGAGUUUUUCCGCAGUAGGACAGCCCUCCACCUUGCGUGCUUGGAGAAUCGGUACGAGGCGGUACGCGUCCUGUUGAGCCGAGGAGCGAAGGCAGACGCCCGGGCCCACUACAGGCUAACCCCGCUACACUACUCCGCAAAAACCGGCAACUGUGGUCUCAUCAGCCUCCUGCUACAAAACGGUGCAAGCGUGGACGAUGUGGAUUGUUACGGGUUGACAGCGUUGCACUAUGCCGCACAGCAUGGACAUUGCGGCGCCGUUCGCUUCUUGGUAGAACAGGGCGCAAACGUGAACGCAGAGACAUUCAGAGGCAUGACAGCACUCCACCUUGCCGCUCACAAGGCAGACCAGGAAGACGCAGUUGGUCUGUUGUUAAGUCUAGGCGCAGAUAUGAACGUAAAAUGUACAUAUGAUCCUAGACUGCGAAGCAACGCGCCUGAAUGCGGGGGCACGGCCUUACACAUCGCCGCCUACUACGGCAACGACAAAACCGCGGAGACUCUCUUAAACCGCGGGGCUGAUUUAGACGCAAGGGACGAGGACGGGUUGACUGCGCUUCACCGCGCGGCCGCAAGAGGGCGUGAUCGCCUGGUGAAACUUUUCCUAACCCGCGGCGCGAACUUGGGCGCGAGGGACAAGUCCAAACGCACGGCGCUCCACCGCGCGGCUUCUGAAGGCCACUGGCAGACCGUUACCCUACUACUAGAGCAAGGCGCGGACAUAAAAGCUACAGACGAGUGCGACUUAACCGCCCUACACCUUGCCGCAGCUAAAGGCCAGUGCUAUACCGUCUAUACCUUACUCAAAAAGGGCGCUAACAUAAACGCACGGACAGUAGGCGACCAGACGCCCUUACAUCUAGCUGCUAGCGGAUCCGACUUUAAUUUUUCCCACUCUCUCCACCCUGGGAGGCAUAACCACGAAGCGACCAUGGAAAUCUUGCUAGCCAACGGUGCAGACUGGACCGCCAUAGACACACAGGGACACCAGCCGCUGCACCUCACUCGGAGGUUCGCUAGGCGGCAGGACUUGUUGUUAGCGCACCAGACACACUACUCCAGUCUACACUGGAUCUGUCGACUCAAGAUCAAGUCUACACUUCUACUGAGGGGACUGGAAGGAGGAGAAAGUUCUUGGCAGACGCAAGAAGACGCCGUCGACACCUUACCUGUCCCCAACUUACUUAAAGACUAUCUUCUACUAAGGAAUUCUGAUGAGGUUAAGUCAUUCUGUUAGGUGUAUCUGAGGAACUCUGAUGAUAAGUU